AUGAAGACCGCCCAACCACCGUUCGACAUCGUUACGGAGCCUCCGACGGCGGAGCUGCUCGAAGUGUCCCGGCGGGAGUUGCGCGAAACGCCGGAAGUGCGCGAAUCGGCCAUCUUGCGAUUGCGUCAGAUGCUGCACAGCGCGACUGACCUCAACUACGCCGAUGACGACGACUUCCUGCUCAUCUUCUUGCGCCCGUGCCAUUUCUACCCCGAGAGUGCCCUCAAAAUGAUGCGACGUAUUGCCGACUUCAAAAAGAAUAACUUCCCCCUGAUGCACAACCUAUCGCCUGAGGAUGAGAAGGUCUCCUUCCUGGACCACAAGAUCGUGAAUGUGUUGACGAACCGCGAUUCGAAGGGGCGUCGGAUAUUGAUCGUGAGCUGCGGCGCGGUUUGGGACCCGAAAGCGGUCACCGCCGACAAGCUGUUCCGGAUGUUCUAUCUGGUGCAUCUCGUGGCUCAGCUGGAGGCGGCUACACAGAUCAACGGAGUCGUUAUUGUAAUGGACUUCGAGGGCCUUUCGCUGAAGCAGGUGCGCGGUCUGUCGCCUUCCUUUUCCAAGCUGCUGUUGACGUUCCUGCAGGAGGCGGUUCCGCUGCGCAUGAAGGAGUUUCACAUCCUUAAGCAGCCGUACAUCUUCAACAUGGUGUGGACUCUAUUCAAGCCGUUCAUCGGUGAUAAGCUCAAGAAGCGGCUGUACUUCCAUGGAAACGACAUGAAGAAGCUGCACAAGCACAUCGACCCCGCGGACCUGCCGAAGAACUACGGAGGUACUAGGCCUGCACUGGACUACAGCUCGCGUGACUGGUAUCCGUGCAUCGAGAAGUACACCGAGCACAUCCACAACUGGAACAACUACGGAUACGCGGCCGGCCCCUAG